UCUCAAAAUAGGAGUACCUAGUUUAAACAUCCUUAAAUAGGACUUUUUAUUAGUGAUUGGACCAAAAUACCCCUCACAACCUUUACCACUGCUGCCCAGGGACUGCCGGACCGCCGCCUGCCGCCGCCGCCGCCGCCGCCGGAGCUCCGGCGACCGCCGCCGGAAAAAUUCCAGAUUUUUUUUCUGGAGGUUUGCCAACAUUCUGCCGCCACCUGCCGCCGGCCGCCGCCGGCCGCCGCCGCCGCCGCCGGAAACCGCCUCUUUCACUGCCGCCAACCUGCCGCCACCUCCGGACUGCCCCGCUACCAACGGACUGCCUUGGUUGUGCAAGAGAACUAGGGGGGCAAUUAAUUGGGUUAAUUAAUUGCCGGAGUUGCCGCCGCCGCCGCCGGAAUCCGCCGCCGGCCGCUGCCGGAGUGCUGCCGCCACCACGGACUGCCCCGCCACCGACGGACUGCCUUGGUUGUGCAAGGAAACUAGGGGGGGGGGGGGGCAAUUAUUUAGAUUAAUUAAUUAAUUAAAUAGAAUUAGGGGUAAAAAAGGUAAGGUUAGUCCUAUUUAGAGAAAAACAUGCAUGUGGUCCUAUUUUGAGAAAAAGGUUGAGUUUUAGUCCUAUCUUGGACAAUUUUCUCGGCAUCAGGAGGUGUCGAAAGACCGAAAGAUCAUCGAACUAUCGAAGCCUCCUCGAAGGGUUGACCAUCAACCACUGAAUGGUUUGGUUGCUCAGGCACUUGCACCUUCUUCAUCCAACAUAAACACUGCAGGACAGGUUCUUCCCAUACAGAAAAAGCCCACAAGAAACUUCCAAACUAAUUUUCCUUCCAAAGUUUGCACUUUUUAUGUUCCUGAGCAGAAUUCUCUCGGAGGACGUGUCAUGACAUUAGCUCUGGACAAAGCGGCUAAGACAAAUGAUGAUCUCUGUCUGUGUACACACGUGGCCUCCGCUCUCAGUGUCUUUCUUCCCUAUAUUAAGAACGAGUUGGCCAAUGCUCUCUUUCAGAUAGGUGUAUCUCCUGAGUAUGUUUCUAUCCCCUCCAGAGCCGCUGAACAUUCGAUUAACUUCGACUCCAUCCCUGCGUCCGAUUGGUCAACUAUUCUUGCUCGUGGGGCAUUUGUCAUAUUAACACUUUUCAAAACAGUUUCUCCAGCCCACUACACCCAAUGUAUGAUAAAGAGGUUUGAGGCACUAAAAAGGCUUGCAUGUUGCUGCCCUAAUGCUGAAAUCCCUAUGCCUCUAAACCAGUCCAAGGCUAACUCCCUGCGUACAAUGCUAGGAUCAAACCGAGCACUCAUGAAGAGGAUCGUCGAACUGGUUCUUGAUUUCAUGUCAGAUGAUAACUUGCAUUCAGUCUUCUUGUAUGUAGCUAAUAUCCUGGCCCGCAACGUCAGUGAUGAUUUCACAUUCAUAUAUGAUACAUUUGUGAAAGAUGAAUCGCCUGUGCUGACUGACCCCAGAGUGGAACAUGAGGUUAUAAAACUAAAAGAGGCUGUCAAAUUUGUUAAACAUCCGUAUUACCCGCAGUUUGCUCGUUACCUGGCUUUCCCUGAUGACUCAUUCAAGCUGCACGGGUCUCGAUUCCCUAUUUUGAUGUCUGUUGCAAAGAAGUUCAAGGCCGAGGAGCAGCAAUCCUCGGUGGCGGGUAAUCGCUACCAAUGUGUUCCAGCCCGGUCUGUUGCUGUUGAUAAUGACCUUGUCAAGGACCUGUGUCAGAUUCAUGCUGCUGCCAUGGAAGAGAAAUUUCUAAGGGCCUAUAAAUUCUUGACCAAUACGUAAGGUUGUUUUUGAUGCCUUGAUGGUGUCCAAGACUAGCAUCCAAGUUGAGUUUCAGGGAAAUUUUUGAUUGAUUUUGAAGUGUUUUGGAAGUUUUGCUUUUGGCAUUCAUAUCGUCAUCCCAAUGUACACAUAUUUUUGCAGUCGUGGAUUAUUUUAUAUUUUACAUUGAAUUGUGCACCAUGAAAGCCUUUUAGCCUUUUAUUGCAACAUCAUCG